AUGGCGGCCCAAAUAUUUCGACGUCCUGCGACGGGUGCGCUGCAAUUGACCCGAAAUUCUCUCGUUACGGCCCGGGAGUUCACAUCGACAUGCUCUCGCGCUGAAGGAGAUAGGCCACCAAAGGCUUCUUCACCAAGGAAACCUGCUGCGUCUUCGGACGACUUUUCCAGCCGUCGAGGAGCCGCGGUGCGACGAGUCCAAGACGUGAUCAACCGGACAUCAGCUCCGCGAGAGGGAGCCUCAAAGCCAACAAUCCGUUUCACAUCCGAUAUAGAAGGCUCUAAUUCCCGUCCCAUGCGGCCAAGCGGGCCCCCAGCCCGCAAUAACAACAGACCGGGUGGUCCAAUGCUUUCAAUGAACGCCGACAAACUAAAGGAAAGACUCAGACAACGGGGAGGUAUGGGGGGAAGUAGAGGUGGCAUGCGGUUACCACGUAUGGCUACUCGGCAGGUGAAACGAAAACCAGUGAAUCGUCAACAGAUGGAGGAAAUGAGGAGGCUAGCGGAGGAGCAAUCGGGUGCGGAUGACGCUGCAGAUAUGCAAGAGUUCAUGGAAUUCGAAAGGGAGUAUCAAGACAAGGAAAAACACCAACCAGCCGUCCGCUACAACCCUCAACCAUAUACCGCUGAGAGUCUCAAGGAAACAUGGCCAGCUCUGGCUAUAAACGGAACCUCGAAUACCAGCACCAUCCGGGAGAAGCUCUCGUGGUUCGGUGAAUCAUAUGUUGGAUGUGAUGAACUGCCUGAAGACCUAGCAAAGCGAGUCUACCAGGGUAAACGUGUGUUUUUCUCCAGCGAGACACAGAAGGCCGAGACCAUGAAGUUUGUGAAGCAGCUAGCCAGUGAGCAUGCGUCUAAGCUCAGCCAGAGGAAGGGAGAAACUGUUGAGCCCGUUGACGUGCAAUUCGAGAAUGUGAGCAAAAAGGAGAAGUCGGAUAUGAUUUCCUCAUUGAUCCGGGGAGCAUACGACCAACCCGUCAAGCUCGACGCCAAUGCUUCUCCAAUUCUCAAGAAUGUCUUGAGAAACCUGUCGAACAACCACACCUAUCACACUGAGCACACUGAACGGUUCAUGGGCAGCCUCAUGCAGAACCUCCCUCUCAAGAAAGCAAAGGCUAAGGCUAAGUCUGCUUAG